AUGGUUUUUGUGCCUGGAGGAAUAGAGAAGACACCAAACUUGAUCAAGAUUGGUAAGCAAAUUGUCGCAAAGUGUGGAGGAGUACCACUCGCUACAAAGAUUCUUGGGGGUUUGAUGCACUCUAACAGUGAUGAGAAUUGCUGGCAAGCAAUUCUAGACAAUGAGACUUGGGAGCAUGUCAAAGGCGAAGAACAGGUUAUAAGGGUAUUGAAGUUGAGCUAUGAUCAUCUUGCACCACAGUUAAAACAAUGUUUUGCAUAUUGUUCACUAAUUCCAAAAGGCGUCGUUAUUAGUAGAAAAAGACUAAUUCAACUGUGGAUGGCGGAAGGCUUCCUUAAUUCUUCAAGACCAAGCACAGAAAUGGAGAAGGUGGGUAGUGAGUAUUUCAAUAGUUUAUUGGAAAAUUCAUUCUUCCAAGAUGAGCAAAAACACGAAUUGGGAGAUAUCAAGUCAUGUAAGAUGCAUGAUCUUGUACAUGAUCUUGCACAAUCUGUUGCUAAGAACGAAUGUGCAAUAAAAGAUGUUAACAAGACACUACAAGAGGUAAAUUGUGGAAUUCGUCGAAUGGUUUUGUUUGAUGAGAACGAGAUUUUCAUGAAUUUCAGCAAUGUACGUGUGCUGUCCUUGAGCUACAGCAAAAUCAGUGAGUUACCACCAUCCAUUGCCAAGUUAAAACACUUACGGUACCUCAAUCUUUCGAAUUCUCAAAUAUCAAAAUUACCCAACUCGUUUACUACUCUCUACAAUUUGCAAACUCUGAUUCUUAAAAAUUGCUUCGAGCUUAGAGAGCUUCCUCGUGGCAUGAGAAAGCUAACAAAUUUAAGAAAUCUUAUAAUCUGCAAAACUGGGAAUGGUGAAUGGAUCCCCCCUAUGCCAUCUACGGUAAGAACUUUAAGCUCCCUGCAAUAUUUUCCUGUGUUUAUUGUGGGAAAUAAGAACAAUGGAUAUGGUAUCGAAGAGUUAAGAGACCUAAAUCUACUUGGUGGUAAACUACAACUUCGUAACCUUGAGAAUGUAACGGGUAGAAAAGAAGCUGAAGGAGGAAAAUUAAAAUGUAAACAACACAUUCUAAGGUUGGAACUACAUUGGACUGAUAACAAAAGUUUUAGCGCAGUUUCUCGUGAUGAAUCUGAAGUGUUAGAAGGCCUCCAACCUCACCAGAACCUUAAAAGAUUAGGAAUCUACAACUAUGCAGGACUUGACGCCGUGAAAAGUAUUGGAAGUGAAUUUUAUGGUAGUGACAGUAACAAUGUGUCGUAUUUUCCUUCUCUGGAAGAUCUCUCUAUAUUUCGUAUGGUGAGCUUAGUAGAAUGGUCACAUUAUGUUUUGUCAAUUUCUUCAAGCUUUCCUUGCGUUCGGCAGUUGAAGAUCAAGGUUUGCCGCAAGUUAAUGAUCAUGCCAACCCGAUUUCCAUCUCUCAAAGUAUUGGAGUUUGAAGAUUGCAAUGGAGAAAUAGCAAGUUCAUUGCUAGAAUGCAACGUAACAUCUCUCGCCUAUGUUAAAAUUGAUUCGUGCAAGAAGCUUGUAUUUCUUCCGCGGGAAUUGCUUACUGGAAAUAAAAACCUCCAGAAUUUUCAGGUAUAUAACUGUGAAAAGCUUCAAGGAAUUAAUCCAUACCAAGAUGCUCGGGACGAGGAGGAAGAGGAGGAACAACUUCAGUUACUAUCAAGCAUUUCCUUGAACACUUUGAUAUUUUACAACUGCCUUGCUUUAUUCUCUUGGCCAGAUUUACGGGGAUUCAUUUCUCUGCGGAUGUUAUUUAUCUAUGGCUGUCAAAGUCAGCAGUGUAUCCCAAGUGGUAUAGAAUACCUCCCCAAACUCGAACGUCUGGUGAUGGGCGGGUUCUCAAAAAAGAUGGACUUGUUUCCAUUCCCCACAGAAGAAGGAGGAGCUUUGAAGAGCCUUUACUUCCCAUCACUUCGUAACUUAGAAAUAUACGGAUGGCCUAAACUCAGAUGUCUUCGUAACUUUUGGAUGCCAUUAAUCAAAACCACUGAUGGCCAACAACAAAACCAUUAG